GUAGGAGCUUGCGUACGCUCGCUACGCCUUUCACACGAUUCCCACUAAGUAUCUAAUAGCCGCGCCCCUACAUUAGACGGAUUCGGAAAGAGUAGCUGGCUUUACUGCAGUUACCUGUUCCCAUAGUAACUCUUCACAAACAAGAAUGGUGCGCAUCACUAAGGAUCUCAUCCGCCGUUGUGCUGAGCAUAACGAAUUUGAGAUCUUUUCUCUUGAGGAGAUUUCACUACAUCAGCUGGGCAUUGAACGGAUAGAGCACAUUGACAGGUGGUGCAGAGACCUGAAAAUCCUCUAUUUGCAAAACAACCUCAUUUCUAAGAUAGAGAAUGUUGGCAGACUUAAGAAGUUGGAGUAUCUGAAUCUAACACUGAAUAACAUUGAAUUGAUUGAAAAUUUGGAAGGUUGCGAAGUUCUUCAGAAGCUUGACCUGACUCUGAAUUUUAUUGGUCAGCUGAGCAGUGUGAUGUCCUUGAAACAGAAUGUGCAUCUUCGUGAGCUCUUUCUUGAAGGAAAUCCCUGCACUGAUUUCAAGGGUUACAGGCAGUAUGUGCUGGCCUGCCUACCUCAACUGCAGAGGAUAGACAGCACAGAAAUAGGACGAGCAGAACGAAUACUGGCGCUACAAAACUUUGAUGACUUGAAGAAGUCUAUCUUAGAACAAGAGGCUGAAUAUGUGAAAAUGAGAGAAAAGCAGAAGAGGGAGGGGGUGAAAGAGCCUUCAAGUAACAGCCCACAUGACAACCAUCUCACGAGUAACUGUCCUCAGAUAAGUGAGAACUGGAACCAAGACCUGGAUCUUCCGAAUCAGAAUUCAAACCCAGAAGAUAAGGAUAAAGAUUUUUGGAACAAACCGUGUGACUUUACUCCUGAGUCAAGACUGGAAGCAUAUGAGAAGAUAAGAUCAUACGAGAUAGUGAGAGAGCCAAAAAGAGAAAAUAAACCUCCCAGAACUUUGAUCACGUCUGAUGGAAGAGUUCUAAACGUUAAUGAACCAAAGUUGGACUAUACUUUAAAGGAAGAUGAAGAAAACAAUUGUUUGCUUCUGGAUCUGCAUGUAUACAGGCAUUUGGACACUACCUUGCUGGAUGUGGAUGUUCAGCCUACAUAUGUGAGGGUGACUGUAAAAGGAAAGGUGUUCCAGAUGGCUUUGCCUGAUGAGGUUAAACCAGACAGCAGCACAGCACAGAGAUCUCGAACUACUGGCCACCUGCUUAUCACCAUGCUCAAGGCGCAUGAAGAGAUAAAAGUGAAAAAAACAUCUCAUAAACUGACUGGCAUUGGAAAUAAGACUUCAGAGAUCUCAAACGAAAAAAACAGGGUGAUUUCUGGUUGUCAGAGAUUAGAAGUUGACCCCAGUAAAAGCUUUGCUGCACAACUAGCCAACAUUGUCCCUAAAGAAGAACGCACUACACAUGGUCCACUGCAGCUCUCCUGGCCUUGUCGAGCCGUAUCCAAAGACUUUGUGGAUGACCCUGACGUGCCCCCUCUCAUAUAAGAAACACAAAGAAAGGAAGAAUUUAUGAAUAUAAGAAAUAUGAGUUAUAAACUAUUGUAAACAUAAGAAUA